AUGGGUUACAAGUGGCUGGGAAGUAAAAUACAUGAAAGAAUUCACACUGGAGAGAAACCCUAUGUAUGUAAGCAAUGUGGGAAAGCUUUUACCCAACAUGGAACUUGUAAGCAACAUGAAAGAAUUCACACUGGCGAGAAACCAUAUGUAUGUAAGCAAUGUGGGAAAGCUUUUACCCGACAUGGACUUUGUAAGCAACAUGAAAGUAUUCACACUGGAGAGAAAACAUAUGUAUGUAAGCAAUGUGGGAAAGCUUUUAACACAUGGGGAAUUUUUAAGAAUCAUGAAAGAAUUCACGCUGGAGAGAAACCCUAUGUAUGUAAGCAAUGUGGGAAAGGUUUUUCCCAACAUGGAAAUUGUAAGCAACAUGAAAAAAUUCACACUGGAGAGAAACCAUAUUUAUGUGAGCAAUGUGGGAAAGCUUUUAACACACGUACACAAUGUAAGGUUCAUGAAAGAAUUCACACUGGAGUGAAACUAUAUGUAUGUAAGGAAUGUGGGAAAGCUUUUAACACAUGGGCAAAUUGUAAAAUACAUGAAAGAAUUCACACUGGAGAGAAACCCUAUGUAUGUAAGCAAUGUGGGAAAGCUUUUAACACAUGGGGAGAUUUUAAGAAACAUGAAAGAAUUCACACUGGAGAGAAACCCUAUGUAUGUAAGGAAUGUGGGAAAGCUUUUAACAGAUGGGCAAACUGUAAAAUACAUGAAAGAAUUCACACUGGAGAGAAACCCUAUGUAUGUAAGCAAUGUGGGAAAGCUUUUACCCAACUUGGAACUUGCCUCGCGAAUAGCCCGGGACCCUUACCGCGCCCCCCCCCCGUUGCUGUUGAGAGCCCAGCCCUGCUGUGGGACCUGUGGUAG